CCCUCCUCGCCGGCUUUCCGCCUUCGGAUUUGGCGCGUUUUUCUCCUUCGCGCGAGGUCUUCCCGAGGCUUCCGUGAGGGAUGCGGGGCUCGGCCUCCGCUGGCGCGGGAGAGGCGAACGGCCGGGGCGAAGGAGCCGCUGGCUGUUGACCUUCCUGGGGGGGGCUUUCUCUUCCUCCUGGUCGGCGCGUGAGGAGUGGGGGGCGUGGAUUUGCCUGGCAGGUGGAAAUACGGCAGCAGAACCCUUCUACUUAGCUGUCUAACCCUCCUGCAAGACCAUGUUCUCAGAGCAGGGUGUCCAGUCUGCACAGAGCCUCUUGGCGUCCCCAUCGGCAGUGGUUUCCACCUUUGCCCGUGUGCCCAUCUCAACAUACACCAACUGCUCCCAGAAUUUCAGGCUUGGGGAGCGUACUUUCAAUCGACAGUAUGCUCAUAUAUAUGCUACACGCCUUAUCCAGAUGAGACCGUUAUUGGUGGAUAGAGCCCGGCGUAAAUGGGGGAGCAACAUUACAGUGAAAAAGCUAUGUGAGUUACAGAUCUCAGAGAAGUGCUGUGUGGUGGGGACACUCUUCAAGUGUAUGCAGCUUCAGCCUUCUAUCUUGCGGGAAAUCAGUGAAGAGCACAACCUGCCCCCCCAGCCUCCCCGCCUCAAGUAUAUUCACCAGUCAGAUGAACUGAUCUUGGAGGAUGAGCUGCAGCGGAUCAAACUUGAGGGAGAGAUACAGAUCGACAAGCUGGUGACAGGGACCAUCCUUGCCGUCUAUGGUUCAGAGAAGGACGAUGGCAGAUUUCUUGUGGAAGAUCACUGCUUUGCAGAUAUGCCAACCCAGUUGCCCAUGAUGGGGCCCAGCACAGACAAGUUUGUCUUGCUUGUGUCAGGCCUGGGCCUUGGUGGCAAGAGUGGAGAGAGUCUCCUGGGCAUGCAGCUUCUGGUGGACAUGGUGACGGGACAGCUGGGUGCAGAGGGUGAGCAAUCCAGUGCAGCCCUCAUCUCCCGAGUCAUUCUGGCAGGCAACUUGCUUAGCCAGAAUACCCAGAGCAGAGACACCAUGAACAAGGCAAAAUACCUCACCAAGAAGACUCAAGCUGCCAGUGUUGAAGCUGUAAAAAUGUUGGAUGAAAUUCUACUGCAACUGACUAUGUCCGUCCCUAUAGAUGUGAUGCCAGGAGAAUUUGAUCCGACCAACUACACGUUGCCUCAGCAGCCACUGCAUCGCUGCAUGUUUCCUCUGUCAAGCGCAUACACUACCCUGCAGCUAGUCACCAACCCAUACCAGGCAAACAUUGAUGGAGUCAGAUUUCUGGGAACUUCAGGCCAAAACAUAAGUGACAUUUUCAAGUACAGCAGCAUGUCUGAUUAUCUGGAAAUUCUGGAAUGGACUUUAAGGAUUGGGCAUCUCAGCCCCACAGCCCCAGACACUCUGGGCUGUUACCCAUUUUACAAGACGGACCCGUUCAUCUUCAGCGACUGCCCUCAUGUCUAUUUCUGCGGGAAUGCACCCUCCUUCAAAUCCAAGGAAGUCAAAGGGGAAGAUGGCCAGAAGGUCCUGCUGGUGACACUUCCUGAUUUCAGCACAACGCAGACAGCUUGCUUGAUCAAUUUGUGCGACCUCACUUGCCAGCCAGUCAGUUUCUCUGCCUUUGGUGAUGAUGAAGAGGAAGAAGAGUCUGUAAUGGAGACUGGUGACUGAGAGGCCCGGGCUUAGUUCUCCUCCUCUCUGGAACUUGGGAGUCAUCCCCAUCCCUCCUUUUUACUGUAGAGUGUGACCUUUGGCUCAGCUAGAUAGGAAUACAAUAAAAUAUUCUGGUUCCUUUGCAUGCCAUUUGAUCUUCACGACCAAGAACAAGGGGAACUUCUUGUAUAAUUCGUUUUAUUCAAUUAAUACAACUGUUGGAAAACCAGAGGGCUCAAGGUGGAUACUGGACUGCCUCCUGGGCAGCAGCGGCUCGGACGUUGCCCCUCAGGACUGAACUUAGCAAAUCUCGAUCUUCCUUCUCGGCUGCUGCAGGCAACAGCUUUCCUUGAUGUUAGAACCACAGCAAAGUGAUACCGACCUUGUAACUGGGAGAAGAUUAAGCUGUACCAUCUCUUCACUUUGAGAAACAUACCCAGAGUCAUAUGGGAACUCAAGCUUCUAGUCCAGAUCAGGAGAGCAAAACUGAAAGAAAGCCAUUUAUGCUUUGGAAACUAACUUGGUUGGCACCUUGAAAAGAAGACAGACUUUUUUUUUUCACACUCACCCUACCCCAACAUUUUUUCUGGUUCUAGCGAUGGUCCUCAAUGCUUUAAGAAUUCUUUCAUUUCUUAAUAGAAUUGGAAAGAAAUCUGAAUGUUUCAUACAUCCCUUCUGUAAAGGUAUUAAGACUGCAGAUUAACAGUCAAGGGGACACUUACUUAAACUGUAUAUUGGAUUG